AUGUACCUGUGGAACAUUCCAUUCUCCAAGAUAGCAUGUUUUGCAAGGUCUCAACGCAGAUGGGUCACUGCAUGGGGGAUUUCUAGAACAGAAAAGUUAGAAGCACCAUCAUCACUUGCAAUGGACGCUGUAAUCAAGACCCAGAUAGAUAGUAGGGUGUAUGCGAAUGAUUUCAUGUACCCGAUUCUUUUAAAAGACGUGUUCGAUGAAUGCUUUGGUAUAUGUAGUGGAAUUGAUCCAUGCUCAAGUGGAAAAACUGGGGCUUUGUUGAGGUACUUGCAAGGCCCUAUUGAUUCUUCCCUGGUGAAGCUUCGCUCCCUGUCAGUUAUUCAUCUGAAUUAUAACAAUUUCACAGCUCCAGCACCAACCCUGCAAAUUCUUGACUUGUCUAACAAUCAGUUACUUUGGGGUGCUUUACCAGAGUUUCCUCAGGGUGGGUCUCUACGGACCCUGGUGCUUUCGGAUACAAAAUUUUCAGGGCAUAUGCCAGAUUCUAUAGGUAAACUUGAGAUGUUGUCCUGGAUAGAACUAGCACGUCGCAAUUUCAGUGGACCAAUCCCCAGCUCCAUAGCAAAUCUUACUCGAUUGCUUUACCUGGACUUAUCGUCAAAUGGCUUUACCGGCUCAAUUCCAUCCUUCCGUUCUUCAAAGAAUCUGACCCAUAUAAACCUUUCUCGUAACUAUUUUACUGGUCAGAUUAUUUCCCACCACUGGGAAGUUCUUUUGAAUCUUGUGAAUCUGGACUUGCAUCACAAUUUGCUGCAUGGUGGUCUUCCACUGUCCCUGUUUUCUCACCCAUCACUGCAGAAUAUAUGGCUUAGCAAUAACCAAUUUUCUGGUCAACUCAAUGAAUUUUCAGCUGCGUCUUACGUACUGGAGGCCCUUGAUUUGGGUAGCAACAAUCUACAAGGGCCAAUACCCAUGUCUGUCUUUGAUCUCCGGGGUCUUCACAUCCUUGAACUUUCUUUCAACAAACUCAAUGGCAUCCUUGAACUAAGCAAAUUUCAAAAACUAGAGAAGCUUACUACUCUUUGUCUUUCGCAUAACAGGUUGUCAAUCAAUGUGGAUGGUUUCAAUUCCACCUUUUCUAAAUCCCCGCAUUUCACCACAUUAAAAUUGGCUUCUUGCAACCUGAGAAGAUUCCCUGAUCUAAGGAACCACUCAAAGUUUUUGACAUAUUCAGACCUUUCACAAAACCAAAUUCAAGGGGAAAUACAUAAUUGGAUUUGGAUGAUCAGCAAUAGCUUCCUUAUGCAUUUGAAUCUCUCUCAUAAUUUGCUGGUGGAUCUGCAACAGCCAUUUUCCAAUCUUCCUUCUUAUCUGUCUACACUUGACCUACAUUCCAACCUGCUCCAUGGACGAAUCCCCACCCCGCCCCAAUUUUCCAGCUAUGUGGAUUACUCAAACAACAGCUUCUUCUCUUCCAUCCCGGAUGAUAUUGGUACUUACAUGUCCUUCACUGUUUUCUUCUCUGUUUCGAAGAAUAACAUCUCGGGAAUCAUUCCUGCAUCCAUCUGCCGUGCAACUUACCUCCAAGUUCUUGACUUGUCUAACAAUGCUUUGAGUGGUGGGACACCUUCAUGUUUGAUUGAGAAUGAGGCUCUUGCGGUUCUGAAUCUACGGAGAAACAUGUUUAGCAGCAUUUUAUCUGGGAAUUUUCCUGGAAACUGUAAUUUACAGACUCUAGAUCUCAAUGGCAAUCUUUUAGAAGGGACAAUUCCAGAAUCCGUAGCCAAUUGCAAAGAGCUAGAGGUUUUAAACCUUGGAAAUAAUCGCAUAGAUGACAACUUCCCUUGCUGGUAG